AUGACGUUGGCUCAUAAGCGUAGUGCGACGGUAGGGCUCCAGCUUGUGGUAACUGCGUCAAGACAAUGCAAAGUCAGUUCUCACCGCCAAACCUGCUUGAUCCGGGGUUGGGCUAACGUUGUCAGGAAAGCCUGCAUCAUCGAGGACCCCUCUACAAGACGCCAUUAUCCUCGAGGGUACGUGGAAACCCUUGAGCAGCGAGUGGCGCAACUUGAGCGCUCCGCUGCCGGCGUUGAGAGACCAAGAACCCCAGAGGAGAUCGCCGUUACCGUCACCAACGCCUCACACGAUGCAGAGCCAGCGGCCGAGGCAUCUGUUGUCGAUGCUACGCAACAAAUGAGCGGGGAGAUGCAGAGGUACAGCCUGAACUUUGAAUUUCCGACCCCAUCUGACCAUGGCGACUAUGGCGGAGGGGACGAGGAAACCGACGAGGAACCAUCAUCGCUUGACCUGCUUCUGCUGAGAGCCGCCGGUGGAGAGCCUCAUUACUUUGGCUCAUCGUCAUCUUUUUCCUUCACGAAACUUUUCUCAGCAAGACUGAGGGGCUCUCAGUUUCACAUGCCGGGAUUAUCAAUGAAUGGAAUGACACAUCCCUAUAUACAAGAACGCCCGCGACCUGCCCCUGCUCCAUUACCGGAUAGGGCGACGACAAAGAUGCUGACAGCCUCAUAUUUUGACAACGUCCACCCCCAGUUUCCUUUUCUGCAUAGACCAACCUUCCUCGAGUACGAGGAUGCAGUCAUGUCAGCCUGCGAGAACGGCCUUGGCCCGAAUCCCGUGUGGUCGUACUUUGUCUACAUGGUCGCGGCAGUAGGUUCCCUGACGGGGCCCCUUGCCGGCAGCACCUUGCCCGAAGGGCUGUACGCAGCUGGGGAAGAGCUCUACGAACAUGUCCUGCAGCUGAACAACUUGGAAUCCAUCCAGGCCCUGCUGUGCUGCGCCAUGUACUCCCUGAGGUCCCCGAUAGGCGUCUCCAUCUGGACGCUGUCGGGGUUGGCCAUACGCCAGUGCGUCGAGCUGGGUCUCCAUCGGGAUAUCCCCUGGGCCAAAGUCGACCCCAACACUCUCAAGACCCAGAUGCGCAGGAGGGUCUUUUGGUGUUCCUAUAAUCUUGACCGCGGGGCUGCCGUCACGCUGGGGAGGCCGGUCGGUAUAGCUGAUGGGGACAUUGACGUCGAGCUGUUCCUCGACGUUGACGAUGCCAGCAUCACCCCGACGGGCAUCAGCAGCCAACCUAGGAGCUCGUUCACGGAGCCACCAACUGUUGUCUCGUCAGCCCUUCAUACUAUCAAGCUUCGCAAGAUCUGGGGCCGCAUGCAGAGCCAGAUAUACCCCCAAACAAGAGGCUCCGAGUCGGCAGGAAACAGCCUACUGGAGAGCAUGUUCAAGGACGAGCUCCGAGAGUGGCAGCAAACUGCUCCGGGAGAACUGCCGCAAGGACGUGCCGCAAACAAUGCCUUUGGGAGCACCGAAUGGUACAAACUGAUGUACCACCAUUCCAUCCUCCUGCUCUACCGUGGGCACUUGGUCACGAAGCAGCGGAGGCCAUCCACCCAGACGCCGGCCCAGCAAUCCAUGAAUGCCUCCGUCUUUCUGGACUGCGCUGCCUCCUCCCAGGGAAUCUGCGAGGCGUACCGUGCGCUCUACAUGACCCAGAGACUGAACGAUACCUGGGCUGUUCUCCACGUCGUGUUCCUGGCCGGCCUCACAUAUAUCCACUGUCUGUGGACGAGCUCGGAGACGCGCGCGUCGAUCCGGCGUGAUACGGUUGCGUCGACCUGCACCAACUGCAUGAUGAUCCUAGUCGUCAUGACGGAGCGCUGGGCGUCCGUGGCCCCUUAUCGAGACACGUUCGAGAUCCUCUCCAAUGCCACACAGAGCAUGCUCGUCGACUUGGACAGUGGUAUCCGUGGGUCGCCCCGCGGGCCUGCGCUGUCGGCCUACCACGCUGAUCAGGUGUCUCACUACCUGAUGGACAUGGCCGACGUGGGCAUGUGCACCUCUGUUGAACAGCUUCUGGCAGAGAUGAUUUAA